AUGCCGCUCGCCAAUGGCGAUGCAGAGACGUCUGUCGCUGCCGCUGUGGAUAUCGACUCGCUGGCUGGCGGCUCGCGCAUGCCGUCGCCCGACAUGGACGACCGCACCGGCAUAGACUACACCGAGAGCGGGUACGUCGUCAUCGACGAGCGACGCGCCAAGGCGCUCGAGGAGGCGCACCGCAAGAUCUGGACGAUGAUUGCCAAGAAAGAGAUCCCCAAGGUCAGUCGCACGGUGCAGAUGAGCUAUACGAACAAGGCGACGUACUGGCGGCGCAUCUCGCAGGUCGUGCAGCGCGAAGCGCGCCGCGCUGUCACGCGCAAUACCAAGACAGUCAAGGACGUGCAACUGCGCGCGCGCAAGAUCAUGCGCGAGAUGCUCGUCUUUUGGCGCCGCAACGAAAAGGAGGAGCGCGAGUUGCGAAAAAAGGCGGAGAAGGAGGCGGUCGAGCGCGCCAAGAAGGAGGAGGAGAUGCGCGAGGCCAAGCGCCAGGCGCGCAAGCUCAACUUCCUCAUCACGCAGACCGAGCUGUACAGCCACUUUGUCGGCAGCAAGCUCAAGACCGACGAGGCCGAGGAGACCGACGAGACUUCCGGCAGCGCAAAGAUCAUCAACCCCGCCGCGGCAUCCGGCGACGUGCCGCAAGUCGACGCGCAGAGCAACCUCAAGGAAAUCGACUUUGACGAUGAAGACGAGACCAAUCUGCGCGCACACGCGAUGCGCAACGCAGAGGAGGCCGUCAACGCCGCUCGUCGUAAGGCCGUCGCGUUCGAUCAGAACGCUGCAGAGGAGAGGCGCCGCAACGAAGCCGCCGCUGCUGCUCAUGCCGCGGCCGAUGAGGAAGCUGCGGCCGACGGAAAGCGCAUCGCCGAGAAGGACCUAGGCAAGGCGUUCGAUUCGGACGACAUGAACUUCCUCAACCCGACGUCCAUGGGCGCCAUGGAUCUCAAGCAGCCCAAGAUGCUCACAUGCCAGCUCAAAGAGUACCAGCUCAAGGGCCUCAACUGGCUCGCCAACCUGUACGAGCAAGGCAUCAACGGCAUUCUCGCAGACGAGAUGGGCCUCGGCAAGACGGUGCAGAGCAUCUCGCUGAUGGCCUACCUCGCCGAGGUGCACGACAUUUGGGGGCCCUUCCUCGUUAUCGCGCCCGCCUCGACGCUGCACAACUGGCAGCAGGAGAUCUCGCGCUUUGUCCCCUCGCUCAAGGCUCUGCCGUACUGGGGCAAUGUCAAGGAUCGUGCGGUGCUGCGCAAGUUCUGGAACAAGAAGCAGAUGGCGUAUAACCGUGACGCGCCGUUCCAUGUGCUCGUCACGAGCUACCAGCUCGUUGUCUCGGACGAAAAGUACUUCCAGCGCGUCAAGUGGCAGUACAUGAUCCUUGACGAGGCGCAGGCGAUCAAGUCGUCCAGCAGCACGCGCUGGAAGACCCUGCUCGGCUUCAACUGCCGCAACCGCCUGCUGCUGACCGGCACACCGGUGCAGAACUCGAUGCAGGAGCUUUGGGCUCUUCUGCACUUUAUAAUGCCCAGUUUGUUCGACUCGCACGACGAGUUCAGCGAGUGGUUCUCCAAGGACAUCGAGAGCCAUGCCGAGAACAAGGGCACCCUCAAUGAGCACCAGCUUCGCCGUCUGCACAUGAUUCUUAAGCCUUUCAUGUUGCGCCGCAUCAAGAAGAAUGUCCAGAACGAGCUGGGCGAGAAGAUUGAAAUAGACCUCUUCUGCGACAUGAGUGCAAGGCAGCGAGCGCUGUACCGAGGCUUGCGAUCGCAUGUCUCCAUCGCCGAGCUCAUGGACAAAGCGAGCAACAUGCAGGACGAGGCAGGCCUCAAGUCACUCAUGAACUUGGUCAUGCAAUUCCGAAAGGUGUGCAACCACCCUGAACUAUUCGAACGUGCAGACGUCGAAGCACCCUUCGCAUUUGCAGAGUCCGCACAGUCUGGAUCGCUUUCGCGCGAAGGUGACUCGCUCUUCUGCCCCUACUCGACUGUCAACCCGAUCAAGAUGGCGGUCCCCAAGCUCAUGUACCAGGACAGCGGCAUGCUCACCGUUCCAGGCGCCAGCUCGCGCGCCGGGUUUGACACGCAUUACAUGCAGAACCUCUUCAAUAUCUGGCGCCCACAUCACAUUUUGCAAUCCCUAGGGGAAUCACAGUCAGCAUUCUCCACUCUGCCGCUCAUGGAUUUGCCCAUUUCCGACGCAGAAAUAGCGUUCCAUGGCCGCACGCUCAUCAACGUGCUGCGUGAUACGGAUCGCGAGGAGCGUCUCAGAGCGCACGGCACCCUGCUUUUCGAUGAAGACUUUGCCGCGGCCUCCAUUCGGCCAUUCGCAUACGUGCGCAAGGCGCUACCGUCUAUCGUCGAGCCGGUCGUACAGUUCGGAGUGCCAUCGAUGGACGAGAUCGCACAAGAUGCCAAAUCGCACUCGGUGCUUGCGCCUCCAUCGAAGCGGGCCUUUGUCAGACCGGCUGUCGCACCACCUAUCGAACUGGUGUGCAGCGACAGGUCCUUUACCAUGCGCCAGGAGGCGUUGCACACCGAUCCACUCGCCUCGGCCGCUUUGUUCGGUCUCCCGGGCCAGCGCGCGGACAUUCCCAAGGAAGUUGAAGGGAUGCAAGCUGCAUUGCCUGCCCUUCCUCCCAGAGGCUUGCUUGCUGCUUCUUCACAGGACCAGCUGCCCGCUUCCGGUAUGCAGGUCCCACAGAUGAACAAACUCAUCGUUGACUCUAGCAAGCUUGCGCGUCUCGAUGCACUCCUGCGCGAGCUCAGGGCCGGCGGACACCGUGUGCUCAUCUACUUCCAGAUGACCAAGAUGAUCGACCUGAUGGAGGAGUACUUGAUCUACCGGCAAUACAAAUACCUCAGACUAGACGGUGCUUCUAAGAUCUCCGAUCGUCGCGACAUGGUCACCGACUGGCAGACCAAGCCCGAAAUUUUCAUCUUCCUGCUCUCCACACGCGCCGGAGGCCUCGGCAUCAACCUCACGGCAGCAGACACGGUCAUCUUCUACGAUCACGACUGGAACCCGUCCAACGACUCACAGGCAAUGGAUCGCGCACAUCGUCUCGGCCAGACCAAGCAGGUCACCGUCUACCGCUUGAUCACGAAGGGGACCAUCGACGAACGUAUCGUUAAGCUUGCGCGGAACAAGAAGGAGGUUCAGGAUAUCGUCGUCGGCAACAAGGCUUACUCGGAGACGGGCAUGGCCAGGCCGCAGGAGAUCGUGUCUCUCUUGCUCGAUGACGAUGAGUUGGCUGAAUCCAUGCUGCGUCGCAAGCAGGCAGAGGAGCAAGAGCUGAUCCAGGCCAAGGCAGACAGCGCUCGUGCAAUGCACGCGAAGCGCAAGCUCAACAAGGCGGCUGCAGUCGCGGCAGAGGAGGCUGCGAAAGCGCAGUCUGCACUCGUCUGGGAACUCGAAGACGACGAAGAUGACUUCUUUGGGGCCAAGCCGCCGCCACGCAUGGAAGAUGAAGCGCCUGCAGCGGAGAGUCUGGCCGGGGCCAAGCCGAGCAAGAAGAAAAAGACAAAGGAGGGUGGAGAGGGUGGAGAAAUCUCGGCGCCAAAGAAGCGAAGCAAGAGCAAGGCGAAACCUGUCGAGGAAGGAGCGGCCGGCAUCGUCUCUGAUGCACCCAAGCCGCCGCUCAAGUCACGAUUGGGUAGAGAUAAGUCUCACCGCAAGAAGACUGCUGAAGAGCUCGGCGGGGUCGAGGCCACCGUUGAAGAGUAG